GUGAAGAUGUCAGCGAUGGGGAGUGGCUGUAAAUGCAGAUGAAGCUUACUUAGCUUGCUCACCCCCACCCCACCUUAUGCCUCCUGCUGUGCCAGCCCCCUCCCAUUCCAAACUUUCAUGGAAGACAAUUUUUCUGUGGCUCUGGGGGUUGGGGACCACAAUUUAAGAGAAAUUUCAUUUGUUUUGCCUAUUUUAGCUGUAGCCCUUCCUGAAUGUAUUCAAAGAGCUACCAUCCUCUAUUUUUUUAAGUGGAAAUAUACUUUCUAUUGCUUAUUUCUUACUGUAAAACCUUAUGUGUUUAUUUUAGGAAAAUUAGAGAAGACCAAAAAGUAAAAAGAAAAUGAAAAAAUAAUAUAUUGAUAGAGAAUUCCUGUUAACAUGCUGGCAGAUACUCCAGAGUCUGUUCUAUAUAUUUCAUAUAUGCAAUAGGAGAUCAAAGUACUUGGUUAUGUGCUUGUUACACUGAAUACCAGGUCUUUGACAUUACAUAUUUUAUAGAUGUUGUUUCAUUUUCUGAUUGAGUAGCUAAUAAUCAUCUCAGCCCAAAGACAGAUUUUGUAUAGUUCGAAGAGUGCUUGCAAGUCAUUUAAAACAGAUUUGACAUAAAGAUCCAGAUGUCCACUUUCUCUUGAAAGAUGGGAAGUUCUGUGAUGCUUGGGCUCAUCAUCUUGCAUGGCCCUAGUUGACAGGAGCUGCUGGUGGCUGCCUGCCGUAGCUGGGGCACAUGCUCUCCAUUCAGCUCUGCCCUUCCCUGUCCCGUUGAUGUUCCUAUUUGACUCCCAAAGCUAGCUGAGUUUGAAGGGUUGUGAUUUCUCAAGGGUAUUUAUUUUCAGUGAGGUCAUACUGGCCCCUAAGGAAAGAUUUGAAAGUGUUCUCCGGAUGCCACAAUGUUUGGGGGAUGCUACUAGCAUUUGGUGGAUGGGGCUCAAGUAUGAGAGGAGUUCUGUAAUGUGAGAAGUUGUCCUGUACCUGUAAGAAAUUUUUUUUGUCCUACAUUUUCAAAUAUCCCUUUGGACAUUCAUACAGGUGAAACACCUGUUUAUAAUUAUUUGAGCCUAGAAACAAAAUCAGUUGCACAUAUAAAACCUUUUUUAUUUCAUUUUAGUGUACAUUGAAUUUCUCUAGACUACAACUGCUGUAUAAUUUCAAGUAAGACUAUUGUUUGCUUUAUUACUAUAAGAUUUACUGCUAAUUGUUCACCAUUUGGAAAAGCAAGUCACUGGCAACAGAGUGGCCCAUGGUACUCGAAUAACCAACACAACACAGGUCUAUCAGUGAGCGUUUGCAGGUCCCUUGUUCAAUUAUAUAAUAAAGCAAAGUUGAGAUUCCUUUAAAAUUUUUUAUGAAUAAUGGAGUAAGUCUUAAUAUCCUAUGAGAGAAUAUUAAUGACUCUUCAUACUUCUUUACUUUUACCAUCUAUAAUUUGCCUUGGCAUGUUAUCUAGACUUCAGUUAAUCUUAUUUUCUUUUUAUUUUAUAAUGUUUCUUGUAAGUCUGCUUUAUAGUUUUUUAUUCUAACACAAAAUUUUAUCCUAACGUCUAUGCAACCACUCAACCAUUCAAUCUUUCACUUUCCUUCCUUUCUUGAAAAGACUUCCUUCUUAUUACUUCUCUUGAAUUCAGAUUUACUUAUUGGUAGUAGGGCAAGCAUCAGAGGACUUCUUAAAUGUGUAAAUACUCAUGCCUGAAAGCACUUUAUUGGUUCAUAAAUAUCUACUGUAUAUUUGUGAAAUUCUGUUGCAAAGGUUGAUUAUAUAGUCUAUGAGUUUCAUUUUAGGUUAGUAAAAGAGGCAGGACAAAAAUGCUUGCUUUAAAAGAGGGGUUUUGUGCUUGAAAAGCUUAAUGCUUAGCUGAACAUUGAGAAUAUACAUCAGUCCUAAGGAGGCUUACUGUCAUCUAGAAAAACAUUUCAUGGAAAUAAUUUAUGGAUAGAUUGAGAGGAUGAUGAAGUGUGCUUUAGGCUUUCAGAAAGGGAUAGGUAGGUAUGUUUGAAUGGGGGAGAAAUGCUUCUGGAAGAGGCUGAAUGGGCACCACUAAUCCCAGAAGGUUGGGGAGGCUGUGGAGAGUGUUAGAGAAGGGGACAGUGAGGGCACUUAUCUCCCUCCCUUUCUUACUCUUCCCUCUCUUCUUUCUUCUCUAGAACUCUGUCUUUUCCUUUUCUUUCCCUGAAGCUACAAAAGCUACAGAUGUGACAGUGACUAAAGCCACAGAGUCAUGAUAGUGAAGUGUUGAUUUUAGGUAUUUAUUCUCACCUUAAACUUAGACAAAUAUUAAUAUAAAGAUAAAAUCUUGGGGGCUUAGAACUGCACAGUUGUUGCUCUUCAAGAGAAAUUAUUAGGGGAGAUCUCAGAGCAAGGCAUUGCUUAUAUUUCACUUCAGUGCAGUACAUUUUCUUAGAUCUAAUUAGAAAAUAUUACAGAAGUAGAGAAUAAAUACAGUGAGUCUCCAAGGUUUUAUGAGGUAAAUAUUAUUGAGUGUGAGGAUACUAAGAUGGAAGUGGUGACAAUAGAGAAUUGCUGAUUUCCCUAGCCUGCCUCAGCUUACCAAAUUUAACUCUUUUUGUGAAACCAUCAUGAGUGAAUUAUGUAAUAACCCAUCAAAAGUUCUCUGAAGGAACAUUUUCUUGGCCAAUCAAAAGCAAGGGCUAGUGAGCCUUCAAGAUGAUUUGAUUUUCAGAUAUUUUUUCUAAUGCCAUAAUCCUUAGAUAUUGUGGGAAAUGCACUUCAAAGUGAGUAUUGAUGAUUUAAUUAAAAUGCCACCCAUUCAAAUAGCUCAGAAAAUCACAUGAUUUAGGGCUCUGGGUUGACAGUGUUUAAUAUGUUGAAAUCUUUUGGAAUGGUCUCCAACUCCUGGCCUCAAGCGAUCCUCUUCCCUCAGCCUCCCAAAGUGCUGGAUGAGUGACCACACCUGGCCCCUAGAUUUUUUGGAAUGGGAUUGUAAGAGCAAAAAGCAUUUCAUUUCGUUAAAAUCUAUGUCAGGCCCUGUAUUUUCUUCUCAUUCAUUGUAGGUCUUUGCAUCUAGGAAACAGUUCAUAGCUGCUUCUUUAAAGGAUGUUUAAUUUUCCCUCAUUCAGAGGCACAUGUUUGCUACUUUGUCCUGUGUUUCAAUCACUAAACUCCAGAGGAAGAGAGUCGUCCAAGCCAGGGCUCCAAGUUGUGGAAGUUUCUAUAUCCGGUAAACUGGCUCUAUUCCAGGGCAGAAUCAUUUAUCAACAAAUGAAACACCAGCCACUUCCCACACGUCCUCUGAUUGCAUUAAAAAUCACUCCCCUUCCCACCCAAACUGAGUGUGCUCAGCGUAUGGAGCUGACAGACAUUCUCUUCCUCCUCAUUUUCUUGAAUCACUGGUUUGCUGGUUGCUGUAGUCUUUUAGGCUUCUUAUUAAUAGUAAUAAAGUGUUCAUUCAUUAACUAUCUCAUGACUACAAACCAGAUAGAGUCAGUCUCCUUGCCUCCAAGUUAUGCUGUCUUUAUAAAGUCAUGCUGUAGCAGGGAAAUGAGCUGGAAAACUGAUUUUUCGUCUGUAGCAUCAGAAAAGUUCAGAAGGACUGGGCUAGUUUUCGAAACCGCAGCACACUUUGGCAAAGAGGGAAUGCACAACAGAAUGGGGAUCUGUCUUCUGGGGAUGCAGUUUGUAACAGAUGGGGUGGCUGGACGAGAACAGCUCUUGGCUCAGCAAAGAAUGCACAGUAUGAUCAACUCAGUGGAUGUGAAGUCAGAGGUUCCUGUGGGCCUGGAGCCCAUCUCGCCUUUAGACCUAAGGACAGACCUCAGGAUGAUGAUGCCCGUGGUAGAUCCUGUCGUCCGUGAGAAGCAACUGCAGCAGGAGUUACUUCUCAUCCAGCAGCAGCAACAAAUCCAGAAGCAGCUUCUGAUAGCAGAGUUUCAGAAACAGCAUGAAAACCUAACACGGCAGCACCAGGCUCAGCUUCAGGAGCACAUCAAGUUGCAACAGGAACUUCUAGCCAUAAAACAGCAACAAGAACUCCUAGAAAAGGAGCAGAAACUGGAGCAGCAGAGGCAAGAACAGGAAGUAGAGAGGCAUCGCAGAGAACAGCAGCUUCCUCCUCUCAGAGGCAAAGAUAGAGGACGAGAAAGAGCAGUAGCAAGUACAGAAGUAAAGCAGAAGCUUCAAGAAUUCCUAUUGAGUAAAUCCGCAACGAAAGACACUCCAACUAAUGGAAAAAAUCAUUCCGUGAGCCGCCAUCCCAAGCUCUGGUACACGGCUGCCCACCACACAUCACUGGAUCAAAGCUCUCCACCCCUUAGUGGAACGUCUCCAUCCUACAAAUACACAUUACCAGGAACCCAAGAUGCAAAGGAUGAUUUUCCCCUUCGAAAAACUGCCUCUGAGCCCAACUUGAAGGUGCGGUCCAGGUUAAAACAGAAAGUGGCAGAGAGGAGAAGCAGCCCCUUACUCAGGCGGAAGGAUGGAAAUGUUGUCACUUCAUUCAAGAAGCGAAUGUUUGAGGUGACAGAAUCCUCAGUCAGUAGCAGUUCUCCAGGGUCUGGUCCCAGCUCACCAAACAACGGGCCAACUGGGAAUGUUACUGAAAACGAGACUUCGGUUUUGCCUCCUACUCCUCAUGCUGAGCAAAUGGUUUCACAGCAACGCAUUCUAAUUCAUGAAGAUUCCAUGAACCUGCUAAGUCUUUAUACCUCUCCGUCUUUGCCCAACAUUACCUUGGGGCUUCCAGCAGUGCCAUCCCAGCUCAAUGCUUCUAAUUCACUCAAAGAAAAGCAGAAGUGUGAGACGCAGACGCUCAGGCAAGGUGUUCCUCUACCUGGGCAGUACGGGGGCAGCAUCCCAGCAUCUUCAAGCCAUCCUCAUGUUGCUUUAGAGGGAAAGCCCAACAGCAGCCACCAGGCUCUCCUGCAACAUUUAUUAUUGAAAGAACAAAUGCGACAGCAAAAGCUUCUUGUUGCUGGUGGAGUUUCUUUACAUCCUCAGUCUCCGUUGGCAGCAAAAGAGAGAAUUUCACCUGGCAUUAGAGGUACCCAUAAAUUGCCCCGUCACAGACCCCUGAAUCGAACCCAGUCUGCACCUUUGCCUCAGAGCACAUUGGCUCAGCUGGUCAUUCAGCAGCAACACCAGCAAUUCUUGGAGAAGCAGAAGCAAUACCAGCAGCAGAUUCACAUGAACAAACUGCUUUCGAAAUCUAUUGAACAACUGAAGCAACCAGGCAGUCACCUUGAGGAAGCAGAGGAAGAGCUUCAAGGGGACCAAGCGAUGCAGGAAGACAGAGCGCCCUCUAGUGGCAACAGCACUAGGAGCGACAGCAGUGCUUGUGUGGAUGACACACUGGGACAAGUUGGGGCUGUGAAGGUCAAGGAGGAACCAGUGGACAGUGAUGAAGAUGCUCAGAUCCAGGAAAUGGAAUCUGGGGAGCAGGCUGCUUUUAUGCAACAGCCCUUCCUGGAGCCCCCGCACACACGUGCGCUCCCGGCGCGCCAAGCUCAGCUGGCUGCGGUUGGCAUGGAUGGAUUAGAGAAACACCGUCUCGUCUCCAGCGCUCACUCUUCCCCGGCUGCCUCCGUUUUACCUCACCCAGCAAUGGACCGCCCCCUCCAGCCUGGCUCUGCAACUGGAAUUGCCUACGACCCCCUGAUGCUGAAACACCAGUGCAUUUGUGGCAAUUCCACCACCCACCCGGAGCACGCUGGACGGAUACAGAGCAUCUGGUCACGACUGCAAGAAACUGGGCUGCUAAAUAAAUGUGAGCGAAUUCAAGGUCGAAAAGCCAGCCUGGAGGAAAUACAGCUUGUUCAUUCCGAACAUCACUCACUGUUGUAUGGCACCAACCCCCUGGACGGACAGAAGCUGGACCCCCGGAUACUCCUAGGUGGUGACUCUCAAAAGUUUUUUUCCUCACUACCUUGUGGUGGACUUGGGGUGGACAGUGACACCAUUUGGAAUGAGCUGCACUCGUCCGGUGCUGCACGCAUGGCUGUUGGCUGUGUCAUCGAGCUGGCUUCCAAAGUGGCCUCGGGAGAGCUGAAGAAUGGGUUUGCUGUUGUGAGGCCCCCUGGCCAUCACGCUGAAGAAUCCACAGCCAUGGGGUUCUGCUUUUUUAAUUCAGUUGCAAUUACCGCCAAAUACUUGAGAGACCAACUAAAUAUAAGCAAGAUAUUGAUUGUAGAUCUGGAUGUUCACCAUGGAAACGGUACCCAGCAGGCCUUUUAUGCUGACCCCAGCAUCCUGUAUAUUUCACUCCAUCGCUAUGAUGAAGGGAACUUUUUCCCUGGCAGUGGAGCCCCAAAUGAGGUUGGAACAGGCCUUGGAGAAGGAUACAAUAUAAAUAUUGCCUGGACAGGUGGCCUUGACCCCCCCAUGGGAGAUGUUGAAUACCUGGAAGCAUUCAGGACCAUCGUGAAGCCUGUGGCCAAAGAGUUUGAUCCAGACAUGGUCCUAGUGUCCGCUGGAUUUGAUGCAUUAGAAGGCCACACCCCUCCCCUAGGGGGUUACAAAGUGACAGCAAAAUGCUUUGGUCAUUUGACGAAGCAAUUGAUGACAUUGGCUGAUGGACGUGUGGUGUUGGCUCUAGAAGGAGGACAUGAUCUCACAGCCAUCUGUGAUGCAUCAGAAGCCUGUGUAAAUGCCCUUCUAGGAAAUGAGCUGGAGCCGCUUGCAGAAGAUAUUCUCCACCAAACCCCGAAUAUGAAUGCUGUUAUUUCUUUACAGAAGAUCAUUGAAAUUCAAAGCAAGUACUGGAAGUCAGUAAGGAUGGUGGCUGUGCCAAGGGGCUGUGCUCUGGCUGGUGCUCAGUUGCAAGAGGAGACAGAGACCGUUUCUGCCCUGGCCUCCCUGACCGUGGAUGUGGAACAGCCCUUUGCUCAGGAAGACAGCAGAACUGCUGGUGAGCCUAUGGAAGAGGAGCCAGCCUUGUGAAGUGCCAAGUCCCCCCUGAUAUUUCCUGUGUGUGACAUCAUUGUGUAUCCCCCCACCCCAGCACCCUCAGACAUGUCUUGUCUGCUGCCUGGGUGGCACAGAUUCGAUGGAACAUAAACACUGGGCACAAAAUUCUGAACAGCAGCUUCACUUGUUCUUUGGAUGGACUUGAAAGGGCAUUAAAGAUUCCUUAAACAUAACCGCUGUGAUUCUAAUGUUACAGUAAACCGCGAUUGGAAGAAACUGCUUCCAGUGUGCUUUUAAUAUGCUGGGUAAUCCACUCCUAGACACCAAGAAUGAACUAGAAACAUUCAGUACAGCAUUAGAUAUUAAUAUCAGAAGCUAUGACAGCCAGCAAAAAUUUGGGCCAAACCGAAGACAUACUCAUUCCUGACAUUCUGAUAAGAUUUUUAUUGGGUAAUUUUUUUUCUAACAGUUUGAAAUUGUUUACAAGAUUUUCUUUCUGCUAUGAAUGGACAGCAAUUCCAGACAGAUCACAGUGUUGUUUUGUUUUAUUUUGUUUUUCAGAAUUUUUUUAUUGUUGUUGUCGUCAUUGUUUCUUUUUCUUUUUUUUUUUUUUGGUCUUUGUUUUAACACUUAGUUCAACUCUUCCUAGUAAGAGUUCAAGAUGGAGGAACCAAAAAGAGGCUUUUCUCAGUGAAAUAAACCACACUGUUCUCAAAGUCCAAAUGCCAAAGGAACCUCACACACUGUAUGUAAUGUGCAGUAUUUUAUGUCACAUUUUGUGAGAAAAAUUUCUCUAAGUCUCUGACAUCCCUCUCUGUGUUUUCAUACACAGGCAACUUGCUAUUGUCUUAGGAUGGGGUCUGUGUCCUCCUCCAAUACAUCCUUUGUCUUGAUGAUGGUAACUGUGAGCACAUGUUCCACCGAGGGUUUUUGGCAUCUUUGAACAGCAUAAAACAUUUCAAAGAUGGUCUAAAUCUGUUCCAAACCUAUCAAGAACUUAUUAUCUCACCUUUCUUCUUCUGUCUUCCAUCACUCCCUUUCUUCUUACCUUUCAUCAUUCCUUCUUUCCCUUAGAAAAACUGAAGAUUAGCCAUAAUCGCCCCUAUUACUCGAGGGUUUGGACCAUUUAGCUCAUUUUGUUUCCUUUCCAGGUUAAUACAGUUGCUUUGUCUGAUUUUGUUCUUUUAGCUGUGAAACCAUUGAGGUGAAUAUGGUUUCUAAAUGUUUGAAAUAUGUCACUGAAGGCAUUGCUUAUCUGUAGUCACCUUGAACUGAGUUAAGCUAGAAGUUCUGCCUUCAUGUGAAAAGAUCAAAAUCAACAACAACAAAAACUUAACCUUUACACAAGUUGCCUUAGUGUCAAAGGUUAAAAAUAAAGGACAUUUAUUUCUGAGAUGUAAAGCAACUUACUAAAUAUAAGUAGGUUAUCCCCUACCUCCAAAAAUUCUAUUUCGGUGUACAACUCAAACACCUAAAGAUAUUGAGGUAGAAUACUUCUCAGUAUUUAAUAUCUGACAAUGCUUUUGAAACAGUGGAUGUUUCUUUUUAUAUAUUUUUCUAACUCAAAGGAUAUAUUAAAGCCAUAAGUGAAGAUUGUCAUGCUUUUUAUUCAGAAAUCUGAAAGAAACCUUAAUUAAAACAAGGUUUUAGGGAAGGCCAUGAUAUGAAAGAUAUGGAACAAUGUGGUUUUAGUUAGAGAGGACUCUAACCUGUAAAUCAAAGAUGAAAGAUUUCACUCAAGUAGAAUUAUAUAACUCUCUUUUGUUAUAUAGUCAGACCAUAUUUUUCAUGCAUUUGGUUUUUUUAGGAUUACCAUUUUAAUUUUAAAGACUUUUAUUACAUAUACAAAAAUGGCUCAAUACUUGGUUUAACAUCUUAGAAAUUUGAGACACUCUUUGAAAUAGGAAAUCUGAAAUAGAAUGUAACUUGGUAUUAGGUAAAAAUUACUUUUAUUGCAUAAGGGUAAAUUCAAUCUAGAGUCAUAGUAGUAAUGAAUUCUUUUGUAAAUUUUAUUUUCAGGAUAUUUUCAGAGAAAUCCAUACCAAUCAUAUUUGCUAGCUUUUGUUAUUUUGGAGUAAUUGCUUGAGGAAAUUUACUUAAAGAAAACCAAAUAGUAGAGCCAAAGCGAAAGCUUAACAAAAAGACUCAUCUUCACUUUAAAAUGGAAAGUUGUAUUUUAAUUGGAAACUUAAUUGUGUAGUUUUAAAAUCAACUUCAUAAUUAUAAAUCUCUAUUAUUACUUUUCAGUCCUUCCAAAUAGUUUGAGUAUUGAAUAAGAAAAUAAAACAGCACAAACUAAUUUACUGACAUCUCCUACAAUUGAGCCACAAGUUUAUGCUGAGCUAUCAAUCUGAUAAAGCCAAAUCACUAGUACAUCUCCAUAGUAAUUUAGAUUUAAAACAUGACACAAUAAUCAUAUGAUUAGUUAAUCAUAUGCCCAGUGGGUUGCAGUUACAGUCUUUAGGAUGCCCCAAGAAGCAGAUAAACUAUGGAGAGGAUUAAUCACAACUGAAUGCAGCUAUAGGAUCACUGAACACAGUGAUUUUUGAUUAUACUGUUACAAGAUGUAACAUAGCCUUAGAGGAACAGAAGAGACUUUUGGAGACUACCAAUACUUCUCUUGAAGUAGAACAGCACUUUCUGAAAAGACAGUUUAACUUGCUUUAGUUUUCUUAACUUACACAUUUAAUUGUUAUUGCUCACAGCAGUUCCCAGUGAGAGGCUAAUAGAAGAGCAUUAGCAAUUAUGUAUCUCUUUCUGAUCCUUAGUUUGAAGGAAAAUCACAUAGGCUUUCUGGCAAUCUUAUGAUCACUCAUACACAGUAAAUAGAACUAAUGAUUUUUGAAAAAUCUACUAGUAAAUAAUGCUAGGAGUUUAAUUUAGUAAGAUUUCAUAAUAGGUAUGAAAAGAAAGCUUAGGAAAAUAAAUUUUUUCGAUUAUAAAGUGUAAGUUGGGGCUGUAUAUUAGACUGAAAAACACAGACAGUUUUUUUAGAUAACAGGCAAAAUGGAUCUCAAAUGAAAACAGAGGUGAUGUUAUCAGUGCUUGGUCAAUGGAAAGAACAUUCCAAGAUGAAAUAUUUUUAAACAUUUUAACAAAUUAACAGCAUCAAUAGUGCAGAUAGAAGUCAGCUUUUGGAGAAAACAGAGAUAAUUCAUGAAAAACUGCUAUAAAUCACAUUUUCGUUACCAAUCCUGGGAACAAAAUCUUGCCUUCGGUUUGGACUGUGACCUUAUAUGACACUCUCACUCACCUCUCACUGACAACGUCAUGGCCUUGAAAAGCAGGGCAUCUCCUCCCACAAAGGCUUCAGAAAUUACAGGCCUGGUGUCUCCUAACAGUUCAGUCCUGUUGAAUUUCCGGAGGUCAAUCAUAAAGCCCUGUGGAUUUACUGGGUUUCUUUACAGACUCCAUAUGGAAGUAAACUAGAAUGAUCAUGUGGAAAGUCUCUCGGGAGAAAAUUCCUCCUCAAUCAGCACUUUUAAGCGUAUUUUUUAUCUCAGCAUUAAUGUUUGGAACAAUUUAUUUAAGUGUGUCUUACUAUUUAUCUUUUGAUAGGUUACUCAAUUUGUCUCAAUAAAGGAAGUAUUAAAUGCCUAAUAGCCCCAAAAGAAAGAAGCCAAAAUUUUCUGUCUUAAAAGUGAGCUUGAAAUAAUCACUCUGUCAGAGUUAACAUUGUCAUUUCUGGUGGCAUCUAUCUUAACUUCCUUUUCCUGCUCCAGGAAUCAAAUCACUUGUCCUACUGAGAAAAAUAAGGAGGAAAAAAAAAAAAAAGACAGAAGUAGGAAACAACACACCUGUUCAACUAUUUCCAUAAAGAAGGCAUUUUCACCUCCAAAAGAAAUGAAAACCAGAUGAUCUAUACUAAGAAGUGAAGGCAUUUUAUUGUUGUCUUCAAAACUGACCAUCAGCAUGAUCAUGAUCAUCAUCAAAUUUCUUGUGUUCCCAAGGGCCAUAAUUAUAUCCUGGUCUCAAAAGUAUUUUGUACAUUGUCCUGCCUUUGGAAUGAAGUAUUAUGAACUAUUUCAGCACCAUCAUCAAUCCCAUCAUUAAAAUAUGUGAGUGUCUAUGUAUAUAUUUCCAUUGAAAAUCAUUGUCCUUGCCUCCUAACAGUUUGGUUUUAUUCCAUCAAUUCGUGGAAUGAAUUCUUCUUGAAGAAGAAUAUGAUUAUCAAGUGUCCAGAGAAUAAGAAUUUUAAACGAACAUGAUAUACUCACAUAGGACUAUAGAACUUGGUUUCUCUAAAUCAUCUGCAGUUCAUUUUAUCUAUGAUAUUCCUGACUGGUUUUGCAUAAUGUAUGAAGCAACAACUGAAUCAGUUAUUAAAAUGCUAGAAAGAUCUGGGUCAGACAAACACAUUGAUCUGAUGCUGUUUGGACUUGAAUCCAAUGAUCAGGUAAUAGGCUUGUAACAAUUUCUCAGACCAUCUUAGUUCUCAAACUUGAGUAUUUAGCAAAUACAUGAUGAACUCACUGUACAGUGCCAAUCUUUCUAACUAAUAAUUUCCUUUCCAUUCUUUUCUACUUUCCCUGUCCAACUGCCAAUACCAAAUUGCCAUAUCUACACAGUCAAAAUAAUUUCUGAAAUCUCCACCUUAUGUUUCCUAAGUAGUAACAAUCUUGACCACUGACUUUUCUGAGAUACCACCAGGCAUCCUUUCCUUCAAGCCAUUUUAUAUAAACAUUCUGGUAGAUAUUCUUAACCAUCCUUUUUAGGAACCACUCAACUUUAAAAAAAUAUUCUUUACUUAAAAUAUAAAUCAAGUUAUUGUGUUUUGGUCUAUAGUUUUGGCCUUGGCUCUUUAUUUUAUUAACACAGAAAUUUUCUUUUUGUUUCAAAUACAGUUUGCGACCAUUCUUGCUACUACCUAAUUGUGUUGUGCUAGCUAUUGCAUAGAGAAGGUUGUGCAUAGACUUUCCUGGCCUUUGGAAAGAUGUCUUUAUGAGUCAAACCCACAAGCAUCGACUCCCACCUUAAGGAAGAGUGGGAAAGCAGAAAUUUUAAAUCCAUAUAUUUUGGAAGUAAGAGAUUUCCAGACUUUUUCAUGAAAAUUGAUGUCUUUUUAUUUUCCUGUUUGAACCUUGGGCACAUUAGAUGCAAAUGUUGCAGCAUCAAAUAUAGUAGGGAGGGUCAAAUGUUUUCUGGGACAUUGUGGUCAUGUCCUUUAACCUUCAUUGUGGUGCCCUUUUUUAGAUAUAUCAUUUUGUGAUGAUAGAGCUCUUACAGCAAUAUCUGCUAUUGCUUUAAUUGACCUAAAAUUGAAUAGAAAUGGAGUAAUAAAAAAAAACCUAAAGGAUUAAGAAUUCUAAAAUCUGAGGGGUCAUGGCAGUUCCUUAGGUAGGCAAGGAUUGUUUUUAGCUAAAAAUCUCCAUUUGCCCUUCCUAAAUUGUAAGAUUCUUGAAGUCUUUCUGGAUAAGCAAUGUCAAUGUCCAUUUCCACCAUGGCCAGGUUGCAAGAAAUUGCCAUUUUAGUGGUUGCUGGGCAUAAAAAAAAAUGCUAUUAAAAAUAAACGACAGUUUUGUAGGUAAUAACCUCUGGUAGUUUGGGUGAUUUGAAAGCAAAUAUCCUGAUAUUUUUAAAUGAAGUGGGCAGGGCAAGGAGAAACCAAUAUUUAUUAAUUUUGUGAUUAAACACUCUAAACCAGGCUUGUUGAUGUAUAUGCCAAUAAUAUGCAGUUCUGGCUUAGUGUAAAAUUAAAAUGUUUUUUCUAUUGUGGUCUGAUAUCUGUUUCUGUAAUAAGAUCAGUUCGUUGUCCUCUGUGCACCAGUGGUUUUGCCCUAAAUUUUUUUGGCUAGCAUUCACCAAGAACUGUCAUCCAGAGCUGCUGAGAAAAAUAGACGUUGCCAAACUUCUUUUCUUAAAAUUGUGCUGCCAGUGGUGUUUUUCCAGAUGUGAAAAAUAAUUAUCUAAUAAAGGAUUAAUACCUAAUAACAAUACCAUUGUUGAACAUGCUCAUGGAAUAUUCACCUUCUUUCUGAUUCCUUUUUUGUAUUUGAAAACACAAUGGUGUAUUCCACAUUAUUGUUGAUGUUGUUAAUGUCAUGCCUCUCCUUUGAAGAGAAUGAAAGAUCCCACUUUGUUUUGUGUUUUCUACUGAAUUAGAUUUUCCUCUAGUCCUAUAUGAAUAAAAGAUAUUUGAAAUAAA